UUAAAAAUCAUUUUUACAUUAAAGAAAGAAAAGUAGAAGAAUUAAUGCUGGGAAAAAGAGACUAAACUAAAUCUUAGGCAGAUCCAGAUAAAGCAUUGAGGAAGUUUGAUCAGAAGCUUCAGUCUCUCUCUCCACCAAACAAGCUAGCAAGAUAAUAGUGAUGGAUUUUCCCGGCCCUUCUUCGGAGUCGGAAGACCCCCUCCCACCUCACCACGUCAUUAUCGAUAUCCCAAAAUCUGAGAGGCUGUACAUAGUGAGGGAGAAAAUGCGAGAGGAAAAGCCGUUAGCUGUUUCCGUCGGCCCAUACCACUACUAUCGGGAUGAUCAAUUGGGGCUGGUGGAGCCAUUCAAGUUGGAGCUACGAGAUAUGCUUUGCGGAAGCGCUGACCGAAUAAUAUCCCUUCGGAGGAAAAUCACUGAGCGGAUACACGAAUUCUACACUGAACCAUGUGGCUACGUUGGCGAGGAUUUGGCUGAAAUAGUGUUUCGCGAUGCUUGCUUCCUCAUAUGCUUUAUGUAUGGAUUUGGUAAGGAAGGGGUACAAACUUACAUCCGAAUGUGUGAACGCAUGGGAAUGUCCGCUAUGUUGCUCGUGUCAUGUGAUAUAUGUAUGCUGGAGAAUCAAAUCCCAUUAUGGCUCAUCUCCUUAGUAUACCCUGAUCAACACCAAUCAUUGUUGUGCGAGUACUUGAGCUACCGUGUCUAUGGGGAUUACAGGAUGUCACAUCUCCCAUGGACAAAACAAGAAGAAGAAGAACCUCGUCACCUACUCGAAGCAUUGCGCCGCACCUUCCUUCACGUCGUUGAGAUCCAACAAAUUUCAAGUCGCAUUCCAAGGGAAUCAUCGAGGAAAAUCACAAGAAGUGCGCGGACACAGAUGGAUAGUCUUUUUCGGUCGGUCACAGAUCUGAAAGCAAAGGGUAUUCAUCUCCAGCGGAGUUCAAAUUGUUUGACGGACAUCAACUUUUUCUCAUUCGGCUUGUUUGCUCAACUACGCCUUCCUACCUUUUGGGUCAACGAAGAAAGCAAAGUUUUAUUCUCCAAUCUUAUUGUAUUUGAGAUGUCGCCGGGCGUAGAAACAGACUUUGGGGUGACGUCUUACAUUAAUUUCAUGAAAACAUUGAUCAACAAUGCUAAUGACGUAAAGGCAAUGCGGGAGAAAGGCAUACUGUGCAGCACGUUGGAGAACGAUGAAGAGGUGCUUCAUAUAUUUAAAAGCAUCAGUACUUAUGGAUUCUCAAGCACUGGUCUUGGUCAUUUUAAUGAGGCGAAGAUGAGGAUUGAUGAGUACUGCAACAAUAAAGCCAGAAUAUGGAUGGCCGAACUCAUCAAUACCUAUUUUCGGAGCCCAUGGGCUGUUAUAGCCUUUCUUGCUGCCGCUUUUCUGCUUUGCCUCACUGUCGUACAAACUUACUACACAAUCCAUCCACGCAACUAAUCAAUUCCAUUUGAUUCCACCUUUUGCUUCAUGUAUUUUAAUUGCUAUUACUUGAUUCCACAUUCUGCUUCAUGUAUGCCUUUUAGGUUACUGUUUGUAAUGAAAGUUGAGUUGGAAGUCAAACUUAGCUACCAUCAUGUUAUAAGAAUGUGGACUGUUUGUUUUUAUUUCUCA